AUGCCCAACAACAACAACCUCCGCCCGCACCGCUCCGCCAUGACUCCUCCUCCCACUCCCGCAGCGGCGUCGUCCAGCUCAGCCCCGCUGCUCCCAGUCACCGCCGAGCCGCUCCCGACGGCCCAGCAGACCGUCGUCGUCCAACAGCCGUCUUUCCCGUUCCCUGUCUACCACUGGCAGCCGCGCCGCCACUUCUCGGGCGGACCUGGCGUCGGCUACUUCAGCGAUCCCGCGCGCGGACGCGCGGUUACGGUGUCGAUUUUCGAAACCUCUGCCCGCCUGUACCCCGCCGUCCGCCACCACCACAUCCGCAUGACGACCAUCACAGCCGCCGGCAACCGCAACCUGUACCGCGCCGCCCUAUUCCUGGUCGACCAGCCAGACCAUCUGACCUACGACAUGCGCGGUGUGCCCGGCGCCUCCGACAGCGGCGGCAGCUACAGCGGCGGUUCCUUCGGCCAGACCAACGACAUCGUCUUGAUCGGCGUUGGCCGAGGCCACGGCAACGGCAAUAGCUCUUCCAUCGGCAGCCGCAUCAUCAGGGCUCAGAAUGGACGUGGACACGGAAACGGCGGCGUCGUUGCGGUUGAGAAUGGCUCUUCUGGCUUGGGCAACAACGGUGGUCGCAGUGACAACAACGACGCUGGCAACGGCAACAUCUCUGGCAACAGCAGCCGCAGCGGCUACGACGGCGACGACGAGGACGACGGCGAGGACAUUGACGUGUACAUUGGCCCGUACAGUUCUGGUAUUCCCGAGUAUCGACAGAGGCUGGUGCUCAUUGGACCGAUCGGCAACACGGUGGAUGAGGCGCUUGAGGGCCUCGAGGGGGUUGUCGUGAGGGAGUGGGACAGGCAGAUUGCUUGA